CCACCAAUGGGCCUUUACUAUUUGAAGGUUACAGAGCCAGUCAGCAAGUCGCGCGAGACGGAGGUAAUAUUCUCGCGAGAAGUCUUGGAGGCGACAGUGAUGGCGGCGGCGGGAACCGGACCCGGCCCGGGAGUGGGUGCAGGACCGGGUCCCGCGGCGGCUGCAAAUGCAACAGCGGCGGAAGAAGGGGAGACGAAGCCGGUGGUAGCGGUAGCAGCCGCUUCGGUCGGAGAGGGGACAUCUGCUGCUCCAGCAGCAGAGCCCAGUUCCGGAGAGGCCGAAAGCGGGGAUGCAAACUCCGUUGAUGUAAGUGGUGGUUUGGAGACGGAAUCCUCUAAUGGAAAAGAUACACUAGAAGGUGCUGGGGAUACUUCAGAGGUGAUGGAUACUCAGGCGGGCUCCGUGGAUGAGGAGAAUGGCCGACAGCUGGGAGAGGUGGAGCUGCAGUGUGGGAUAUGUACAAAGUGGUUCACAGCAGACACCUUUGGCAUAGAUACCUCAUCCUGUCUACCUUUCAUGACCAACUACAGCUUUCACUGCAACGUGUGCCAUCAUAGUGGGAAUACCUAUUUCCUCCGGAAGCAAGCAAACUUGAAGGAAAUGUGCCUUAGUGCUUUGGCCAACCUAACAUGGCAGUCCCGAACGCAGGAUGAACAUCCGAAAACCAUGUUCUCCAAAGAUAAGGAUAUCAUACCAUUUAUUGAUAAAUACUGGGAGUGCAUGACGACCAGACAGAGACCUGGAAAAAUGACUUGGCCAAAUAACAUUGUUAAAACGAUGAGUAAGGAAAGAGAUGUAUUCUUGGUAAAGGAACACCCUGAUCCUGGGAGUAAGGACCCAGAAGAAGAUUACCCAAAAUUUGGACUUUUGGAUCAGGAUCUUAGUAACAUUGGUCCUGCUUAUGACAACCAAAAACAAAGCAGUGCUGUGUCUACCAGUGGGAAUCUAAAUGGUGGAGCCUCUUUUGGAGGGGGGAUUGCAGCAGGAAGCAGUGGAAAAGGAAGAGGAGCUAAGCGCAAACAGCAGGAUGGAGGAACCACAGGGACCACCAAGAAGGCCCGGAGUGACCCUUUGUUUUCUGCUCAGCGCCUUCCCCCUCACGGUUACCCCUUGGAACACCCGUUUAAUAAAGAUGGCUAUCGAUAUAUUCUCGCUGAGCCUGAUCCCCACGCCCCUGAUCCUGAGAAGCUUGAACUUGACUGCUGGGCUGGAAAACCUAUUCCUGGAGACCUCUACAGAGCCUGCUUGUAUGAACGGGUUUUGUUAGCCCUACAUGAUCGAGCUCCCCAGUUGAAGAUCUCUGAUGACCGGCUGACUGUGGUUGGAGAGAAGGGCUACUCCAUGGUUCGGGCUUCUCAUGGGGUACGGAAAGGUGCCUGGUACUUUGAAAUCACGGUGGAUGAGAUGCCGCCGGACACUGCUGCCAGACUGGGUUGGUCCCAGCCAUUAGGUAACCUUCAAGCUCCCUUAGGUUAUGAUAAAUUUAGCUAUUCUUGGCGGAGCAAAAAGGGAACCAAGUUCCACCAGUCCAUUGGCAAACACUACUCUUCUGGCUAUGGACAGGGAGACGUCCUGGGGUUUUAUAUCAAUCUUCCUGAAGACACAGAGACAGCCAAGUCACUGCCCGAUACUUAUAAAGAUAAGGCUUUGAUAAAGUUCAAGAGUUAUUUGUAUUUUGAGGAAAAAGACUUUGUGGAUAAAGCAGAGAAGAGCCUAAAGCAGACUCCUCAUAGUGAGAUAAUAUUUUAUAAAAAUGGUGUCAAUCAAGGUGUGGCUUACAAAGAUAUCUUUGAGGGAGUUUACUUUCCAGCCAUCUCCCUGUACAAGAGCUGCACGGUUUCCAUUAACUUUGGACCGUGCUUCAAGUAUCCUCCAAAGGAUCUUACUUACCACCCUAUGAGUGACAUGGGCUGGGGUGCCGUGGUAGAACACACUCUGGCUGAUGUCUUAUAUCACGUGGAAACAGAAGUGGAUGGGAGGCGGAGUCCCCCGUGGGAACCCUGACUAGGUCCCUUUUUCUUUGCAUACAUGGACUUUCUGGGGGAAUAAUCCUGGGGGGUUUGGUUUUGUUUUUUAACUGUUGCAAAUGUUCUCCCGAAGAUACUGCAGAACACAGCCUCUGCUGUUAGCAAGUUAACAGGCUGGGUGGGACUGGGAGAGGCUCCCUGCCCUCCCACACUCUUCCCACUUCUGGGGAGUGCUUUUUUGUGUGUGCCAUAUGCCAACAGCUGCUGACCCUAGGAUCCCAUAAGCUCUCUGUGAAACUGGUGCUGUACCACCUACCCCACCAACUGGGACUUGUUAUCUUACUGUAUUUUCUAAGGAGUGAAUAAUCUUGUCCAAGUAGCUAACUUAUUUAAAGACAUUUCCUUCUGUGGGCAUUGACUCCAUCCAAAGAGUGGAUGAUUCCCAAGGAAGUGGUGGGCCUGUUUCUGAGAACAGCUGAAGUCAAUGGCUGUACAUUCCAAACCAGUCUGAAAGCUCUUUCUUUUGGUGUGGGUUUGUUUUUGUUGUUCAUUUUGAAAUAUACAUUUGAACACUGGGAUCUCUGAAACUACUAGGUCUCUAGAACUGUUCUAAUUGUGAAGGGAAUUUGCUUGCAGCUUUAACAAUUAGAAACUCUUCCCAAAUAAAACUUGUCGUCAAGCA